AUGUCAGUAAGGAAAGGAAAGGGAAAUUGGGAUUUUGCAAUGCGGUGUGCAUCAUCCAAUAGUGACUGCCCUAUCAGCCAUGCUAGUCAACUCUCAAAUCCCUUUCUUGGUCCGCCCCUUGAAUCUGGUAAAUGUGAAUCUUGUGGUACUGCUGAACCUGGGCAGUGUGAAGGUCAUUUUGGAUAUAUUGAACUACCAAUCCCAGUAUACCAUCCGGAUCAUGAUAAUGAACUAAAACGGAUAUUAAGCUUGUUGUGCUUGAAGAUGAAGAAGAGGAUGAUGACAGGAGUAGGCUGGAUUGGAGACAUACCCAUUGAGAAAGGGGAGAGAUUGAGAUUCAAAACUUUUGCUCAUUUCCACUGGAAGGGUCAACCAGAAAGGUUCAGAAUCUUUGGCUGA